CCUACAUCUUUCCAUAACCACAGAGAUUGCCUGGGCGACGAUAGUAAUCGGGAAGGCGACCAAUAUUGCCGUGAAUUACCUGCCCGACACCAAACGUUGUACCACCGCAUUACAAACCCAGAUUAUUUGUUUGGCGUGAAAUGCAUAAUGGCUGCUGCUUCUGCUGUAAUUCCUACACCCUUCUCUAUGGUAAACCCAAAGUCAGACUUUUUAAUCUAUUUCAGUCCUCCUCAGCUAGCUAGUUCAGUGUGCCACUGUCACGCCAGCUCAGCGCUCCGGAACCCGACAAUUACGAGGAGAAUACGACCAAAAGUGAGGUCGCAGGCGGUGGGCUUGACAAUGUUUUCCGGGAACCCCGUCGUCGGAGAUCUCGUCGCCUCCGUGCUCUCCGGCGGCAUCGCCUUCUCCUGUCUUCGGUUCUGGGAAGAGAUUGCUAAAAGAGGAUAUUUUGAUCAGAAUCUGAAUAGAAAGCUGGUUCAUGUUAGCAUGGGUCUGGUUUUCAUGCUUUGCUGGCCAAUGUUCAGUUCUGGUCGUCAAGGAGCACUGGUAGCAGCUCUUAUUCCUGGACUCAACAUAUUCAAAGUGCUGUCUUUGGGACUUGGGAUAUUGAAGGAUGAUGGAACUGUGAAGUCUAUGAGCAGAUUUGGAGACUACAGGGAACUUCUGAAGGGGCCUCUAUACUAUGCUAUCACAAUCACUUUGGCUUGUGCUGUCUAUUGGAGAAGUUCUCCAAUUGCAAUUGCCCUAGUUUGCAACCUCUGUGCUGGUGACGGUAUGGCUGACAUUAUCGGCAGGAGGAUUAGAAGCCCGAAACUUCCCCACAACAAGAACAAAUCUGUUGCUGGUAGUGUUGCAAUGGCAACUUUCGGUUUCCUAGUAUCUAUCGGAUUUAUGCACUAUUUUUCCUCGUUUGGGUAUCUCGAGAAGACUCCACACAUGGUGCUCGGUUUCUUGGUUGUCUCUCUCGCUGCAGCGUUGGUUGAAUCUCACCCUCUGAGCACUGAGCUGGACGACAACCUGACAGUGCCCCUCGCCUCUGUAUUGGCGGGCAGUUGCGUUUUCUGAUGUAGGACUGCAGCCUGAUCUUGAGAAAACUCUGAAAAGUUUAGAUGAUUGUUAACUUGAACCCGAAAUUGGUGUUAUGUAACGUAUUGAUGAUAGAAUAAUCUGUUUCAUUGUUCUAGUCAUUCAUGAAAUGCAUCACUUGCUGCAAGUUCUUAACUA